ACAAUUUAAUAAGAAGGGGAAACGUCAACAGUUGCCAUCUCACUUCCCUUUUCUUCUUCUUUCUCUUUCUGUCUUUGGGUUCUUUGACGUUUCGUGAUCAUAUAUCUGUAUAUUGUAGUUGAUAAUAUAUAGUAUCAUAUGAACAAAGGAAGAAGUGGAAGUUGGAAUCUGUAUUUCUUCCCUGAUUUGCUUUUCUCUCCUCCUUUCAUGAAGCAAACCAAAAGUGCCAAGUUUCUAGUUGCACUUUCAGUUUCUUUCAUGUUCUGUUUACUUCUCCUGUUUAUAUAUUCUCAUUGAACUCAAAAGCUGCUUUUUGUUUUUUCUUUUCUUGAUUGUUCAGGUGAGUGUUUGUAAAGUUUUUCUUUUGCUUUUUCUUUUGUUUUCUAAGAUUGUUUGGUCGCUGAGGAGAUGGAGAGGAAAAGAACAGAUACGUUGAUGUUAGUUUAAUUUGAGCAAAGUAAAUUGAUUGAUUUUAGAGAAUUUAGAUUUAAUUCGCUUGAUGAAUUUUGACACUUAGAGGAUGAUUGUGUCGGUUGUUUGAGUAGCAGUGCCAUGUGAUUGUAAAAUCUUUUACUUUUGGGCUUUUACAAGACAAACCAAAUUCUCAAUCUCAAUCUGUUUUAAUUUUCUUUCUUGGGUUUCUUUUGUUUUUUCUUUCUAAUAGAUCAUUAGGCAACGAUUAUUCAUUGGGCCCCUUCCUUGGGUUUUUCUUUUUUUCUCCGGCUUUAUUGAAUGUGAUUGCUUCAUCAACAUACACUUGAUCUGAUAAGAAUUUUAGUUUCCUAUUCAUUUAUGUCAUUUUCUCCUUUUAAUGUUAGCUGGUUUAUUUUGUUAAGGCUCUGCCUUUUUUCCUUGCAGGAAAUAGAAAUUCUUAUUUAUUUCUAAAUUUGAAAUAUGGCAACACUAAGUGAUAUCGCAGUAGCAGCAGCAAUCAAUAUACUCGGUGCAUUUGCUUUCUUCUUAGCAUUUGCUAUACUUAGGAUUCAACCAGUCAACGACAGGGUCUACUUUCCCAAAUGGUAUAUUAAAGGAUUAAGAAGCAGUCCUAUAAGGACAGGAACAUUUGGUGGAAAGUUAGUGAAUUUGGACUUUAGAUCAUAUUUAAGGUUUCUGAAUUGGAUGCCUGCUGCUUUGCAAAUGCCAGAACCUGAGCUAAUUGACCAUGCUGGAUUGGACUCUGCUGUUUACUUGAGGAUUUACUUGACAGGGCUUAAAAUUUUUGUUCCUAUCGCAUUUGUGGCAUUUACAGUCCUAGUGCCAGUUAAUUGGACAAAUAGCACUUUAAAGCGUUCUAAUUUAACUUACAGUGAUUUGGAUAAGCUCUCUAUAUCAAAUAUCCCAAUGGGAUCAAGCAGAUUUUGGACUCAUUUGGUAAUGGCUUAUGCCUUCUCAUUCUGGACAUGCUAUGUGUUAAAAAAGGAGUAUGAGAUAGUGGCUUCAAUGAGGUUGCAUUUUCUUGCAUCAGAACAUCGGCGCCCUGAUCAGUUUACAGUAUUGGUUAGAAAUGUACCGCCAGAUCCUGAUGAAUCAGUCAAUGAGCUAGUAGAACAUUUUUUUCUGGUCAAUCAUCCAGAUCACUUUCUCACUCACCAGGUUGUUUACAAUGCUAACAAACUUUCUGAGUUGGUAAAUAAGAAGAAAAAGAUGCGAAAUUGGCUCGACUACUAUCAGCUCAAGUAUUCAAGAAAUCAAUCAAGAAAGCCUUCAGUGAAGACUGGUUUUCUUGGCCUAUGUGGAGACAGUGUAGAUGCAAUUGAUUACUAUACAUCCGAGAUUGAGAGACUAUCAAAAGAAAUCUCUUUGGAGAGAGAUAACACUGUGAACAACCCAAAGUAUAUCAUGCCAGCUGCAUUUGUUUCCUUCCAAACUCGUUGGGGAGCUGCUGUUUGUGCACAAACUCAACAAUCAAGAAAUCCAACUGUAUGGUUAACUGAGUGGGCUCCAGAACCCCGUGACAUUUACUGGGAUAACCUGGCAAUUCCAUAUGUUUCGCUCGCAGUUAGAAGGCUUCUUGUUGCAGUUGCAUUUUUCUUCCUUACCUUCUUUUUCAUGAUUCCCAUUGCAUUCGUCCAGUCUCUAGCAAACAUUGAAGGAAUAGAGAAAGCAUUGCCCUUUUUAAAAUCCCUUAUUGAAAUGAAAGUUGUAAAAUCAUUUAUCCAAGGCUUCCUUCCCGGAAUUGCUUUGAAGAUAUUUCUUAUUUUUCUACCUUCAAUUUUGAUGCUAAUGUCUAAAUUCGAAGGAUUCAUUAGCCUGUCAGGGCUAGAGAGACGAUCUGCAACUAGAUACUACAUUUUCCAAUUUAUUAAUGUCUUUCUUGGGAGCAUAAUCACUGGAACUGCAUUUCAACAGCUAAAUAAUUUUAUCCACCAGUCCGCAAAUGACAUACCAAAGACAAUUGGUGUCUCAAUUCCUAUGAAAGCAACUUUCUUCAUAACUUACAUUAUGGUUGAUGGGUGGGCUGGAGUUGCUGGGGAGAUACUAAGAUUGAAGCCCUUGAUCAUUUAUCACUUGAAAAACUUUUUCUUGGUGAAGACUGAAAAGGACAGAGAAGAGGCAAUGGAUCCAGGAACCCUUGGUUUCAACACAGGCGAACCGCAGAUACAACUUUAUUUCUUACUUGGCCUUGUCUAUUCUGUGGUUUCUCCCAUAUUGCUUCCUUUCAUAAUAGUAUUCUUUGGCUUGGCAUAUGUUGUGUACCGUCAUCAGAUUAUAAAUGUUUACAACCAGGAGUAUGAGAGUGCUGCAGCAUUCUGGCCUGAUGUCCAUGGGCGUAUUGUUACAGCACUGAUUGUCUCACAACUAUUAUUAAUGGGAUUGUUAAGCACAAAACAAGCUGCUCAGUCGACCCCAUUGCUCAUUACCCUACCAGUGCUAACAAUAUGGUUCCAUUUGUUCUGCAAAGGACGUUAUGAACCUGCUUUUGUUAGAUAUCCACUGCAGGAGGCCAUGAUGAAAGACACAUUAGAGCGUGCAAGGGAACCCAGCCUAAACUUGAAAAGCUUUCUCCAGAAUGCAUAUAUUCACCCAGUCUUCAAAGGUGGAGAUGAUAGUGAUGGAGAAGAAGCUACAGAGGACAAAGAGCCUGACCUAGUUCCAACAAAGCGUCAGUCUCGAAAAAAUACACCAGCAGCUAGUAAACGUAGUGGUUCAUUUUCAUCUUUACUGCCAGAAGAUCAUGAAAAUUCAUAAUUCUGGAAAUGUUUCUUUGGAUUUUUGUUAUCUGUAAAUGUCUUGGUUGAGUCAACUUGUAAAUGAGAUGAUAGUGAGUAGAUGUAGAAAAAAAAAAAAAAAAGAUAGACAAACUGAUGGACAAAAAAAGCAAUAUAUGCAGCAGAACAGUUUAUGGUAUAAAUUGGAAUAGAUGCUGUAAACAGGGAGAGUACGGAGUAGGCUCAGGAAUGUCAUGCUUGCUUGGCUAUUUCACAGACUUGUGUGA